CUCUCGCCCCGUCUGGCGUAGUUUCGGGUCCUUGCUGGAACCUUUCCUGGCCGGCAAGCUCGGGCCACUCCCCCGCCCACCUGACGCCGCCGGGGCAUAUAUGUGCUGCAGAGGAGUAAUGGUGCACGGGGGGGCGGUGCCAUGGAGCUGGAUGAGGCGCAGCUGCUGGACGCGCUGGCCCUGCUGCAGGUGCCGAUGGGCACGCUGGGCUGGCUGGCUCAGAAGUGCAUCUCCUCGCCCUACGGUCGCUACGUGACCCCAGGCGGCCGCUGCCAGCUGCCCGCGCGUGUCUCCUGGGUGCUGCAGGAGCUGCCCUCGCUCGUCCUGCCGCUGCUGCUGCUGCUGCGCGCCCCGCCCGGCACCCCGACGCCCAACCUCCUGCUGCUCUCCAUGUUCGUGCUGCACUAUGUGCAACGUUCCUUGAUUUUCCCGCUUCUCAUCCGCGGGGGGAAGCCGACCCCCGUCUAUGUGUUCUUGUUGGCCUUCCUGUACUGCACCUUCAACGGCUACCUGCAGGGCCGCUACCUGACCCGCCACGCAGUGUAUGCGGAGGACUGGCUCACCGACCCCCGCUUUCUCGGCGGCUCUCUUCUCUGGCUCUUGGGCCUGAUGAUCAACCUCCACUCGGAUCACAUCCUCAGGAAUCUCCGGGAGCCGGGGGAGACAGGCUACAAGAUCCCACGAGGGGGUCUCUUUGAGUACGUCUCCACCGCCAACUUCUUCGGGGAGGUGCUGGAGUGGGUGGGCUUUGCGCUGGCCAGCUGGUCCCUGCAGGGUGCCUGCUUCAUGACCUUCACCUUCCUGGUCUUAUACCCCCGCGCCCACAGACACCACCGACCGGUCCACCUCUAUUCAGGGAAGACCAUCCUCUUCGACUGAAAGCGUAGCUUCUGGAGGGAUGCACAUGGAACGGUGAGGAAGGGGACACCCGCCUAGCCAGCUAGAUCAUCCGAAUCCACCCUGGCGAUCACUGGGGCGACAGAUGUCACAGCCAGAUCGCCCUCACAUCUGAAACCCUGAAAUGAAAGGAAGCCCAUGGCUGGUGAAGUGGUGCUGUGGUGUUUCUUCCCCUCUUCCUCCUCUUCCUCCUCCUCCUUUU